CCUUCAUCAGUACCGUCCGAGAGAUGCGCAGGAUAACGGCUCUAGUUUUCCGUAUCGAUAAGCGAUGGACGAGGACAAAUACGUGUCCAAGCUGUCCCCCGGAGUGGACUACGGGGCCGGGACGUUCCUCCUACUAGUUGCUGUGAUGUCAGUCUUGGGAAACCUCUCGGUUCUUGUCACUGCUUUGAAGAGGUUCUCCAAGAUGAAGCCACCUGAAAUGCUUAAUGUCAACCUGGCUGUCACCGAUGUGGGGAUGACCAUCUCCAUGUACCCACUGGCCAUCACCUCUGCCUGGAGCCAUGGCUGGCUGGGGGGCGACAGCUCCUGCUUGUAUUAUGGAUUAAUGGGAUUCUUCUUUGGAGUCGCCAGCAUCAUGACCUUAACUAUAAUGGCUGUAACCCGGUUUGUGUUCUCCAUGAACCUGCGGGCUCCUGGGCAGAAGCUAAGCAAACGCAAUAUGGUGCUGCUCAUCCUCUUCUCCUGGAUCUAUGCUUUGAUUUGGGCCGUUCUGCCUUUAUUCGGUUGGGGGAAGUAUGGCCCGGAACCUUUUGGGACAUCCUGCACAAUCGCAUGGAGUGACUUUCGGGGCAGCGGAGCCCCGUUCAUCAUUAGCAUGUUUAUCCUUUGCACACUAAUUCCGGCCUUCACCAUCAUUGUCUGCUACUUCGGAAUUGUCUGGAGACUCCACCAAGAGUACAAGAGUCUAGAAAAUGGCCACCAGAUUCCCAAUGCCGUGAAACUGGAACGCAGGCUAACAGCUAUUGCUAUACUGGUGUCCCUGGGUUUCAUCGGCUGCUGGGCGCCCUAUGCCACGGUCAGCUUCUGGUCCAUGUUCAGAUCCAGUGACUCAAUUCCGCCUUUAGUCAGUCUGCUUCCUUGUCUGUUUGCGAAAUCUUCCACUGCAUACAACCCGAUCAUCUACUACGCCUUCAGUAACACCUUCCGGAAGGAGGUCAAGCAGCUGAUGUGCUUCUCCAGAAAGCCGCCUCGCUUAGAUAACACGGUCAACGUAGUGGAACGAGAAAUGCAUGUGAGGCACAACGGUGAGAGGAAGCUUCACAGCGUUGGCACUUUCGAGGAAGGCAACCACGCGUGAGAGAAAAAGACGACUCUGCAACUGGCAUUCUCUAUCGAAAUUAUUUCCAUGUCGUGCCUUUCCCCGAAAAUUUAGAAGAAGGACUACAGAAAGGGAAAAGCUGGAUAAAGGGUGAACAAGAAUCCUGGAAUCCAAAAUCUGCUUGGGUGAUACCAGAGGCGGGAACAAUUUUGAUGCACAUGCGACCUGACAUCCCAUUGUUCUGAUAGACAGACUUAUAUGUGUGAUUCACGGA